UCUCGUCACCAGCAGCCCAGCCUCCCGUCCUGCCCGGAAUAUAAAAUUCCGCUUCGGGCACUCCGCCCAGUUUCAGAGAUACCGAAGGAGGCAGAGAGCGACAGGAGCGAAGGCGGAGCGUGGCCGGAGAGAGCGCUUGUACGCGCCGUCGAGCAGGCGCCGCUGAACCGAGGCUGCGUUGAGCAAAAACAAACAAAACAAGCCAAACAGCUUUUUUCCUUUGAGGCAUUGUGCAAAUGGAGGUCCUGCUGCUGUGGGCCCCGCUGGUGGGUCUCUGGUGCGGGCUGUGCGUGGCCUCCGGAGAGCGGCACACCGUCUUUUGGAACAGCACCAACCCCAAGUUUCAGUGGGAUGACUACGCUGUGGCAGUGCACCUGAACGACUACCUGGACAUCAUCUGCCCACACUACGAGGACAGCAGCGUCCCCCCGCAUGCCAUGGAGCGCUACACGUUAUACCUGGUAGAGCAGGAGGAAUACGAGACCUGCAAGCCGCGUUCGAAAGACCAGAUCCGGUGGGAGUGCAACAAGCCGGAUGCCUUGCAUGGCCCUGAACGCUUCUCGGAGAAAUUCCAGCGAUUCACGCCCUUCACGCUGGGCAAAGAAUUCCUGGAGGGUCACGAGUACUAUUAUAUCUCAAAACCUAUCCAUCGCCACGGAGACACCUGCCUCAAAUUAAAAGUUAUGGUGGCCGGGAAAAGCGCUCGAGUACCACCUGGCCGCAGCCCCACCCAGAAGGGGAGACUUCAGUCAGAUGACCCAGAUGUCACGAUGUUGCGCAGCGUGGGGCAGAAUUCGGCCCCCCGUCCCUGCAGCCCCUUCACCUUUGUCAGCCUCCUCCUGCUGUUACUGACACCCCGGGGACCGUGACAGAGCCCGAUUCCCCCAGCUUGAGCUGUGAGCGAGCUUGUCGUGCCCCGCCAUCGCUGUGGUGCAAGGCAGGCGAGCCACUGUGCCCUCACGACUCCUCCGCAAGGAGCGGUGUACCUGUCAGUAUUAGUCAGCUGAGUGUCCAGAUCAAAUUGUUGGUAGCUGUUUGCACUGCAAGGGACGUGGCACGGGGACUGGUGAGAGGCUGUACCCUUUGAGGUAAUGCGAACGGUGGUCCCCGUGGGCAGGUAAUCCCCCCAGUGGACUAGAUGGGGGCUCUGCCUGGCUUUCUGGGGAAGAACGGGGCUCGCUGGAUGGAUCCAUCCUGGCCGCGAGGGUUGUGGCACUGAGUAUCCUGCGGGCAGAGACGCUUGGAUAGAACGGGCCCCGUUGGUGGAACUUUUGGACUCUGCGAUGGUGCUGUGCUCAGCAAAAUACUGGACCCACCCAGCUACCUUGGGACUCUGUACAGUGUGGAUAAUUUAUAGGACAGGCAGGCCCUGGAUUUUAUUUUUUUUGCGGGGGCAAAUCCCCUAGCUUGUGUACCCUUUUAUGAUGACUCCUCUUGCCCUGAACUUUAGCCAAAGGGGGAGGAUAUCUGCCUUGAACCUCCAAAAGAGCAAACUGGAAGCCCGUCCAUUUCAAACGGGCCCUUGAAGGCAUGUAACCCCAUUGGAUCAAAGCAAGGGCCAUCUAGUUCGACAUUGUGCUUCCAGCUGUGGUGAAUGGUUGUGUGAAGGCACUACCACUCCAACUUUUGUUGUUUAUUUCCCCCCCCCCCCAGCUUCUGGUAUACUGCCUCUACCCGAGGAAGUUCCAUUUAGCUGCAGAGAGCUAAAAAGUAUCCUUAAUCCUUCAGCGGUCUUCCCGAGAUGAGUCUGGAGCCUUCCAAGUUGCUCUCUGCUCAUCAGCUUGGUCUCAUCCAGGUUUCCCUUCCGGUGCUGGGUGUGUGUAUGUGCAACCACUUAACCUGUCCCUUCCAAGCAUGGCAGGAUCUUACGUGUGUGAGAUAAGACAAUCAGUUGAGGACAAGGCAAUGCACAGUUUGGCCCGUAAUGAAAAUGCAUUGCAA